UUGCCUGCUGCACCUUUCUGCAUCUCAGAAGUACCAGCAAGGCCAGCUUGAAGAGUUUACAAAACUACAUCUGCGAGCUCUGGCGCCUGCAAGAUGGCACGCUCGAUCCGACUUGGUGCGCAGGGCGCAGGUGCAAGUCGACCUCGAAGUCGAGCUCAAAGGCUUCUCUCCAUCCUCGCCUUCAGCCCGUUCAUCCUCGUCCAAUCCCUUUUUCUAUUUGCCUGGAUCACGUUGCUCCGCAUGCAUCUCAAUCGUGACUGGUCCCGAGCCAAUUCCAUCUUCUUUCUAUUCAUCGACACUACGCUUUCCACCUUUUUUGUCGGCUCUGCCGCGGGCUGCUUCGCGAUUGCGGUGUUCAAGAAUCCUGGGACGCCAAAGUGGGAUCAGGAGACCGAUGUGGAGGGAGGACGAGAAAGAAGCCUCCCAGCUCGUGAAGUAGAGCGAGAACGGGAUGGCGAGGCUGAGGCUGGUGCUCAGCAGAAUAGCCGUCAUCCAGGUAUCGAGGUGGAAACUGAAGAGGAAGUAGAAGGCGACGGGGAAUUUGAAGGACCCAAUGCACCUUUGCUCUCAGCACCUGAAGGCUCGGUAGAUGCCAGGGGCAUGCUGGCCAUGCGUCUCAUGCCUGGUGCACCUCGCCUACCUUCCCGCACUGGCCUGGUGCAACUCGAAGAGACGCUGCAGAGAGCGGGUGCGAGGGGACAGAAGAAGACCACAGCACGGCUGGGUAACCUGCAGGUCAAGAGCAGCACAGGUCAACAACGAUGGUGUGCCAAGUGCAAUGCGCCCAAACCUGACAGAGCUCAUCAUUGCUCCACUUGCGGCGUGUGCAUAUUGAGGAUGGAUCAUCAUUGUCCCUGGUUAGCUUCGCGCUGCGUAGGUCUACGCAACCACAAGGCCUUUUUCCUCUUUCUCUUCUACACCUGUCUGCUUUGCCUAUGGACGAGUCAGGCAACAGCACGAGCUCUGUUGGACUACGUCUCCAGUGAAAAGGAUGGAUUUGAAAACUCUCCCUUGAGCUGGGCCAUACUCUUCUUUAUCGCAUUUGUGUUUGGUAUCGCCUUGAUCCCAUUUGCGGGCUAUCAUGCUUGGCUCAUCUGCAGAAACAAGACCACGCUAGAGUCGAUGGAAGGAAGCGGAAGGGUGCGGCUACAAGCGCAACGUGCGCCAGGCAGAGAGAGCGUCACGGAGAGGCUCAGAAGGCUAGCUGCUGAGGAUGAAGAUCACAGGCCAGAGGAACACUCGACCGGCCAGACCUCAUCCGACCAGUCGGGACAGGAGCGGAACAAUGAAGAGUUGACGAGAGAAGAGAGGAAGGCGUUGAAACGAGCGGGCAAGCUCAACAUUUACGACUUGGGCGCCUCGGAGAAUUGGAAGUUCAUGAUGGGUCGACGAUGGUUCAUGUGGUUCGUGCCUACCGGAGAACCAGACUCGGACGGGCACGCAUAUGCGGUCAACGAUAUCACGCUCGCUGAAUUGAGGAGGAUCACUUCUUCGAUCCGGCAAAGAGGAGCAUCGACGCCCGCCAACGCUUCUUCAAGCUUAUUUCACAUUUCCUCUAUCCGAGGCAAGGCACGAGAAUCGCCUCUUCAUUCUUCCCGCAACAAGGUUCAAAGCAAUCCCCUCUCGGACUCGCCUGGUCCCGCUGCGACGCGUCAACCACGCGGUCCUGCGAGGAGCGCUCAUGGCGUCGUAGAGUGGGGCGCUCCACCUAGAAAAGAUUUCGUGCUUUACGAUGUCAACGAUUCGGACGACGAAGGUGGAGGUCUGGGAACACCAGGCGAAGCGGACGAGGUAUCGGUUUCCCUUUCACGCGAUCCUUUUGCGCCCGCGACCGACGAUCACCAGACAUCUGUGGGAGGGGACAAUGUUUGGAGGUGACAUUCGAUGGUUUUCUUGCGCACGUGUUUUGCCCUUUGCACGGGACACGAAGCCUUGAUCGAUGCGCCGAACCCCGAGCUUUCGAAUUG